AUGGCUCAGAGAAGGAGGCAGUCAACGGCUCAGGAUAUCGAGAACACCAGCGUUGGUCACUCGCGUUUUCUGGCGGAGGCGUCUAGGAAGGAGAAGUGGAAGGACACUGAUGCAGCAGGGGAUUCUGGCAACGACGCUUCCCAAGUGGCAGCAGAUGAUCUCCAAUCUACCACAGAUGGCAAAGGCAAAUUGUCACCGACGUCAUCCCAUCUCUUCAAGCUCAUCCUCCCGCUAGGGCAUCUGAGGACAUGCAGCAAGGCAUCACAGCUGCAAUCCCGCACGUCGAGCCCCUCUUCCGUUGUAGCAAAGCUCCCCCCACCUACGAUCUUCCUGCUACACCCCUCGCAGCCGCUCUCACAUCUCAGCCGGCUCAUCGCCGCCUCACUCGCGCCUGCUACGCCAACUAUCUCCUUCCGGAGUACCUCCCCGGGUGGGAAGACCUACCAGUGGUCCGACUCGACUGAUGUAGCAGACUUUAUUCGGGACGCGGCUCGUACUACCGAAUUUGAGAUCUGUGUGGAGGAUGAGCAGUACACGCAGGUGGCGGGAUCUAGAGAGGGGAGCGCAGGCACCAAUGCUCAUCCUUCCCAGGAUGCGCGGUCCAGCAUUCGUGUGGAGAUCCCCUCGUUCGAAGAUCGUACGCGGUUCCUGAGGCGGCGCUUAACUGUGAUCGAGGAGGAUCUGAAGAGGAUGGAGGAUCUCAAACGUAAGUGCGACACUGAGGCUGACCGAGGUGCCCGCAGGAUGGCGAUGGGUGGGUUCGGUAUGCUCGUGGUGUACUGGACGGCGGUUGCUCGCUUGACGUUCUGGGAUUUCGGUUGGGGCGUGAUGGAGCCUAUAACAUACCUCUCCGGUCUAUCGACCGUUAUUCUUGGAUACCUGUGGUUCCUUUACCAAGGGCGCGAAGUUUCCUAUUCCUCAGUAUUGCAGCGCUCUAUCUCUGCACGCAGAGAGGUGCUCUACCAAGCGCAAGGGCUCGACAUCGACCGCUGGACCGAUCUCGUGAGCGAGGCGAAGCGGCUACGUAAGGAGAUUGGGGAGAUCGCGGAGGAUUACGACGAGCACCGGUGGAAGGUGCGAGACGAGACGAAGACGAAGACGCAGGACAGCCACGGAGAGCCUGAGCCUGCAUUGGCGCGGAAGGGGGCGAAAGAGUAG